CUUAAGAACCACGUCGUUUCGCUGUAAUGAAGGAAAGGCAAAAAAGAAAAAGAAAAAACAGCUGGGUUAAUUAACUCGCUGAAAUGAGCACUACCAGUAGUACUCCAAAUUUGUUAGAGAGAUAUUUUCCAUUUCAACUGUCCAAGGGUUCCAAGCUUCCCCUUCUUCAGGUAAUUGAAAAAACUAGGAGAGAUAAUUGAAAAAUCUCCUCUUUGAUUUCUUUUCCUAUUCCUGAUGGGACGCUAUAUGUAAAUGCAUAUUAACUAUUUGAUGAAAGGAGUCACAGUAUGUACUAUUUAGUUUGACAACAGUAUCACCAGAAAAUGAAACGACGAGGUCAUUUUCCCAAGGAUCCAAUCAAAUUCGUAUGCGUUCUAGUGUCUACUGUUUUUACUUUCGUUCUGUGUCUUUCUGUACUUAAACUUCACGAAAUACCAGUAGGAACUAGUAAUACAAUCAAUUCAUCAGGAGUUACGAAAGUGAAGAUGAAUCCAAUAGCAGCAGGAGCAAUAGGGAAGUUGGGCGAAAUGGUGAUCGGAAUGUUACCUCGCGAUUUGGGGUUCACUUUAUUUUUGCCAUCUGAAAAAGCAUUCGAGCGGGAUCUGGGUUUGGGUCCCAAUGAGUUGGUGGGGGAGAAGGGGAACGAUACGUAUGCAAUACUAACUCGUGUACUGGGAUUUUCAGCUGUGCCGAGAGCGAUUAACUCGGAUGAUGUACAGUUGGGGAAGGAGAUUGAUUAUGAUUCUAUAUCGGGAUAUAUACUGUAUAUAUCGAAAGAUUCAGAUGGGUCAUUAAUAGUGAAUAGAAUUGCUUCUGAAAUGGUGGAUCUGAGAAGAGGGAAGAUAGUUGUACAUGUUAUGGAUGGGGUGAUAAUGGAUUCAGAAUUUGAGCAAUCUGUACGACCUGGUUCCGAGGAGGAUAAUUGAGCUCAGUUUCGUGAAUUAUUGAUUUUCUGAUUACCCCAUUUUUACUUGGGGAAAAAAUUGUGAAGCUUUUACUGAGUACCGAUUGAUGCAUUUGGGAUGGCGCAGGUGGAUCUAUAAAGAUAAAGAGGAAAACUUUAUUGACCUUAUUAAAAAAUAUUGGGCUUUGUGUAGUUUUUUUUUGUUGUUGUUGAUUUUGGACUUUUUCAAGCUUA